AUGACACAAUAUAUGAACGUAAGUGAAAACUACAAAGUUAUAAAAGAUGUAGAAGACACUGAUGAUCGUACAUACAUGGAUAAAUCAUUGUAUGAAUUAUAUGAUAACGAGAAUGUAAAAUAUCCAUUUUUUAUAGCUCCAAGGUAUGACUAUUACUUUACUUCAGAAGGUUAUACAACUAUAUAUAAUACACCUAUUAUUAAAAAAUCGAAAACUAAAAAAUUGUUUGGAUGCUGUUAA